UGCUCAGGCCCCGCCCUCCCCCGGCGCGGCGGCGAUGACGCGCGCGAGCGGCGCGCGGGGCCCGGCAUGAGGACUUUGUGGAGAUUUGGAUACUCUGCCAGACUACUGAAAACUAAUCAUUUUAGGACAGCUGCAUCAAAUACAUCAUUUCCAGCAGUUUGGAUGCUGUUGGCACAAUAUUCUGGCAGAGUACCUGGGCCCUUUGUAGGUGAAAAAAACACUUUCUCCACGAUGCCUGAAACCGUGGAGGAUAAAGCUAAUCCAGAGCUGUAUUCACCACAUCCCGGAGUGCGUGGGAUGACACUGCUCAACAGAGAGGCUUUUAAAAGGACAGUUGUUGUUCCAGCUCUUAAAGUCAAGAAAGAAAUUGUAAAUAGUUUGCUGAAGUCCCUAAAACAGUCGGUCCUGCAGCGUCCCGGUCUGAAGCGAGUGGUUGAGGAUCCAGAAGAUGAGGACAGUAGGCUUGUUAUCCUGGAUCCUCACAAAACACCAGGAUUCUCACUGGGAGAAUCAGAGCAGCAGGUGCUGAAAGAGCUCGGUGUUGAUCCUGAGGUGUCCAGGUACAACCUGGAGCUGACCUACGAGAACUUCAAGUCGGAGGAGAUCCUGCGAGCGGUGCUUCCCGAGGGUCAGGAGGUCACCUCUGGGUUCAGCCGUGUUGGCCACAUAGCUCACCUGAACCUCAGGGACCACCAGCUGCCCUACAGACAUUUGAUUGGCCAAGUCAUAAUUGACAAGAAUCCAGGAAUCACCUGUGCAGUGAAUAAAACCAGUAUUAUUGACAGCACGUACAGGAAUUUUGAAAUGGAAGUGCUCGCUGGAGAGAAGAACCUGGUAACCAAGGUCAAAGAAAAUAAUACUGCGUAUGAAUUGGACUUCUCCAAGGUGUACUGGAACCCACGCCUCUCCACGGAACGCGGCCGCAUCGUGGAGCUGCUGAGGCCUGGCGACGUCCUCUUCGAUGUCUUCGCUGGGGUCGGACCUUUCGCCAUCCCAGCAGCAAAGAAGAAGUGCCAUGUGUUCGCCAACGACCUCAACCCCGAGUCCUACAGCUGGCUCCUGCACAACUGCAGGCUGAACAAGGUGGACGCCAGAGUGAAAGUGUUCAACAUGGAUGGCAGGGAAUUCCUGCGGGGGCCGGUGCGGGAGGAGCUGAGCAAAGAGCUCCCACUGAUGAAGGAGGAGCAGAGAAACGCUUUCCACAUAGUCAUGAACUUGCCAGCGCUGGCUGUCGAAUUCCUGGAUGUUUUCAGGCAUCUCUUGGUGGGGGAGCCGUGCAGCGCUGCUGCCCUUCCCACUGUGCACUGCUACGCGUUCUCCAAGCACGAGGACCCGGCCAAAGACAUUCAGGAGCGAGCGGAGGCGUCGCUGGGAACCUCCCUGGACGGACGCUGCUCUACGUACCUGGUCAGGAACGUGGCGCCCAACAAGGAGAUGCUGUGCAUCAGUUUCCAGGUCCCUGCAGACGUGCUGUACAAGAGGCCCUGCCCUGAUGAAGCAAAACCAGCCUCAAAACGUCUGUGUACCAGCCAAGGUUUUUCUGAAGAGAAGUUACUGAGUUGAAGACUCAAGUUGUGGUGACUACCUUAGUUUGUGCAAAGGGUAUUUAGGGUGCCUCUGGUUUGCCUGUUGAGUUAUUCACAGCAUACCUGUGUUACCCAUCGAGAUGCACAGUGCAUGUUGCAGCUUUCCUUUGGGAACCCUGUUUCCUGCAUUUACCUUUUUUUUUUUUUUUAUAAUUGUGGGAUCGAUAAGCAGAUUGAAACUGUUGUUACUACAAAAAAUUAAAACUUUGCUCUUUUGUAAUAAAUGUGUUUUAGUAAUUCUCUGCUCUCCAUUGUUUCACACCCUGUGCUGAUUCAGUGCCACAGCCUGGGGUGGUUUUCUCUGUGGCAUUUUGAUAAUGUGCAGUUUGUGGGGAGAACAGAUUUUUAUAUUUUGCCAGUUCUAGGAAAGUGACUUAUAUAACCCCUGCCUUGGAUUCCCUCUGACAAACAUUUUGCUGUUUCAGAAUAUUGGAUUACGGUGAGCAGAUGCACAAGCAGCCCUUGUGUAAGCAAGAUAACCUUUCAGAAACUUCACCUGGGAUACAGACGGGGCCAAAUAGCCACAUAUCCUAUGGGUUUGAGUAAAAAAUGCUUUUGAACACCGAGAUUUACUUAGGGAUUAGUUGACUCCUGACUUUGUGUUUGCCCACUGUUAGAGCAGGAAAGAGACUAAUGCCUUUUGCACGUUUGCAGAAUAAGCACAUGCUUGUACUGAAGUGCCAGGCUGAAAACAGCACCUGGAAAACAGUCCUGAAACUGUGUCCUCCCGUGGCUUUUGUGCCUCUGCCCUCUCCCGGCUCUCCCCCAUCUCCGACUGCUCCCCUGCUGCAGUCCCUGGAUGAUCUCUCUGACUGGCUGCUUGUAUUCUGCAGGGAUUUGAAACGCCUCUGCCUUUGGUUUCCUUUUCUUACCCAUCCAAACUAUUGUUGGGCAACAUCGACCACAAACAGUUUCUUUGGCCGGGGAACUCGGCUCGCCCUCUCGCUGUCAGAUUUUCCCCCCAGUCCCCGCUCUGAGCUCACGCCCAGCAACUCCCUUACCAGAUGUCCGUCCCCCUCCUGGCUCUGCUGCCAUGGC